CUCGCUUCUGCAGAGGGGUCCCUGAUGCCAAGAUCCGCAUCUUUGACCUGGGGUGGAAGAAGGCAAAAGUGGAUGAGUUCCCACUAUGUGGCCACAUGGUGUCAGAUGAAUAUGAGCAGCUCUCCUCUGAAGCCCUGGAGGCUGCCCGUAUUUGUGCCAACAAGUACAUGGUGAAAAGCUGUGGCAAAGAUGGUUUUCACAUCCGAGUGCGGCUCCAUCCCUUCCAUGUCAUCCGUAUCAGCAAGAUGUUGUCCUGUGCUGGAGCUGACAGGCUGCAGACAGGUAUGCGGGGUGCCUUUGGAAAGCCCCAGGGCACAGUAGCCAGGGUCCACACUGGCCCAGUCAUCACGUCCAUCCGUACCAAGCUGCAGAACAAGGAACAUGUGCUUGAGGCCCUACGCAGGGCCAAGUUCAAGUUCCCUGGCCGCCAGAAGAUCCACAUCUCCAAGAAGUGGGGCUUUACUAAGUUUAAUGCGGAUGAAUUUGAAGCCAUGGUGGCUGAAAAGCGGCUUAUCCCAGAUGGCUGUGGGGUCAAAUACAUCCCUAAUCGUGGCCCCUUGGACAAAUGGAGGGCUCUGCACUCAUGAGAAUCUCGGCACUGCCCCCUCCCUCUUUAUGGCCACCAAUAAAACCUACUUCCUGUCAAAAAAAAAAA